AUGUCUCCCAAUGGCCUGAACAAGCUCCCUCCGCUCAAGACACACUGGCAUAAUCGAAGCCUAUCGAGUGUGAAUUCUGACGCUGCAACUUUCUAUUCAGCACACGCUCAUCUGGAACUUAGCCGUCUCUCUACGACUCGUCCACCCUCCCCUGUUUCGAACCGAUAUCCUACACCAGAGCCGCAGAUCAUAUCUUCCCGGCGGCCUACAUCACCGUCGAGAGAACAACCCGAACCAUCCUCCCCCAAGUUCGAAUCUCUCAGAACGAGCCGCCAAGAUUCCGGUUUCUCUGACGGCGUCCGCUCACAAGCCUCCUCACAGCGAACCUCUUGCUCCUCAACACGUGCCUCGAGGGCGAAACGCACCCCUACCACUACACGACCAGCCACAAAACGAGCUACCAAAGGAAGUCCAUCUUCACGGAAUCGCAGUUCUGUCUCGUCCCAAAGGCCCUCUGUGCGUACCCGGCAAGCUUCUGCCAAUAUUGCCAACGAGACCCCGCAUCAGUUUUUCUAUUUCCCCUCGCUACAAGAACCAGCACCAUCUGAAUCAGACUGCGUUGCAACAACCCCUCCGCCUCCUGCUACAGUACACUAUUGGACUUCGGACUCGACGCGAAGGCUGGAGUAUGCGGCGAUUGACGCAGCGAGUAGAGGCAUGCGGGGGUUCCUUAAUAAGCUAGUCCCCGAUUGCAUGCUUCCCGCGACUUCACGGCGGACCCGAUUCCACUGCGACGAUGCAGAUUCGGAUGCCGGCAGCGUCCGGCGGUACAGGCUGGCCCUGCCCGAAGAGAAAGCGCACAGCGAUGCUGAUAAUGCCAAAAGUCGGAAGCAAAAGCCCGGAUUUCUGGGAAAGUGGGCGAGUCUCAGAUUUGGGAGGAGGAGUUAA